AUGGUUGUUCAAAAUCCCAACGCUGCUCAGCCAGAGCUCGCUGGCAAAGUUGCCUUAGUGACCGGCGGUGGUCGAGGCAUCGGAGCCGGUAUUGCUCUAGAGCUCGCGAAGAAGGGAGCAAGCGUUGCGAUCAACUACGCUAGCAGCUCCAAGACUGCCGACGGGGUGGUACAAGAGAUUCAGGCGUAUGGAGUCCACAGCGCCGCGUUCCAAGCCGACCUGACAAAUGUCGACUCAAUUGCCAACCUCUUCCGCCAGGUCGUCGCGCACUUCGGACAGCUUGACAUAGUUGUGUCGAACGCAGGAACUGAGAAGUUCGUGCCAUUAGCCGAGACGACACUGGAGGACUUCAACGCGGUGUUUGACCUCAACACACGGGCGCAGUUCUUCGUUGCGAAGAACGCUUACGACUACAUCCAGCCCGGCGGCCGUGUGGUGCUGAUGUCUUCCAUUGCGGCGGGUCUGGGUGUGCCCGGCCACUCCUUGUAUGCCGGCAGCAAGAGCGCUGUCGAGGGUUUUACUCGCUGCUUUGCUGCUGACUUUGGCAAGAAGAAGGCUACUGUGAAUGCGAUUGCUCCUGCUGGUGUCAAAAGUGAUAUGUGGCUGAGCAACUCGUGGCGCUAUGCACCGGGCUGUGACCAGCAUUCGUCGAUCGAGGAGAUUGAACACGCGCUUGCUAACGGUAGCCCCCUUGGGCGCUGUGGUGUGCCUGCGGAUAUUGGUCGCAUUGUGGCAUUCUUAGCCAGUCCUGCUGGAGAAUGGAUCAACGGUGAGUUUUGGAAUGUUCGAUUGAUCCUUGGAACUAUGGCUAAUUCCAUUCCUUGCAGGUCAAAUUUUGCCUUGUAA